AUGUUUUGGGAAGCAGUUAGUUUCUUUGCCUCCUUGUCAUUCCUUUUCUAUUUUCUCCUGAUGCGCCGCUGGUCAAGGAGGAAAAACUUUCCCCCAGGGCCUCGCCAACUCCCUCUUCUUGGCAACUUUCUGGAUAUGGGCAAUUUUAAUCACGUGACCAUGAAGGAACUGGCCAAGAAGUACGGUGAUAUAUACAUGCUGAACAUCAUGGGCCACAAGGUUUUUGUCGUUACCAAUAUUGAUCUGGCAUGGGAGGCGCUGGUUCGCAAAGGGAAUAUUUUUGCUGGAAGAUCAGAUUCUUACGUUUCUCGUGAAUUGUACCAGGGGAAGAAAGCCAUCGUUUUUGGGGACUAUGGGGCUCGGUGGAAGUUGUUGCGCAAAGUUGCGCACUCAGCUCUGCGAAUGUUUGGAAACGGCAUUGAAAUCUUGGAGCAAAGAACUUAUCAUGAGGUUGAUGAAUUGUGUCAACAAUUCAGCAAAUCAAGUGGUGUUCCCUUCGAUCCAGCGGAAUCCAUCAAGUUGGCUGUAAUGAAUAUCAUCUGUACAUGUCUGUUUGAGACUCGCUUCCCCAAAGAAAGCUUGUACUUGGACGAAAUGUUUGAAAUGAUCGACGAGGCCGUCCACCUGGCCGGAAGUGCCGUCCUGCUCGAGAUAUUGCCCUUUAUGAAGUUUCUACCUCUAGGCAUUCAUAAACGAAUACAGCAUUCCGUUGACCUCAGAAAAAAACUGAUUGCAUCAAAAUUCCAAGAGAGAAAGCAAACGUACAAAGAAGGGACCAUACGGGACCUUUCGGAUGCUUUGAUAAAAGCAUAUAACGACGCUGAACUUGAGGACAGUAAAAACAAAGGAAUUUUGGAUGAAGAUUACUUGAUAAACACUCUCAUAGAUCUUACGACUGCUGGCUCAGAUACUACUGCUACUUUUCUAACGUGGUCGGUUCUUUAUAUGGCAGCGUUCCCAGAAGUCCAAGCAAAGAUACACCAGGAAAUUGAUAACACCAUCGGCCGCGAGAGCAAGCCUCGCUUUGAAGAUAGGAGCAACUUACCUUAUUUGCAUGCGACCAUCUUUGAGAUUAUACGUCACAGCUCGUUUGCGAAUGCAACCGUUCCUCAUCGAGUGCGGAGCGAUACCACUCUUGGAAAGUACGAGAUUCCUGAAAAUUCUGAAGUCAUUGUUGAUCUAAAAGCCAUUCAUCACGACCCGAACCACUGGAGAGAUCCUGACUCAUUUGAUCCUAAGCGAUUUCUUGACGAGGAUGGAAGCUUUAUCUGCCGAUCGACCUUCAGCUUUCUCCCUUUUGGAGGUGGUCCGCGAGGCUGUAUAGGCCAAAUGUUGGCUCAAAUCGAGAUUUUUCUGUUUCUUACAAGCGUUCUGCAGACGUUUAGGCUUGAGCUCCCCCCUGGAUCUCCGCCUCCUAAUUUCGAACCACCAUUGGAAUCUGUUGCCCGUGGAAUCUUGGUCCCACGCCCCUACAAGUUGAGCAUCACGAAAAGGGAGUGA